UUGCUCGCUUGGGGAGGGCACGGCGGGCAAGGGCGGGACUGGCCCGCUGCGGGCGGACUGGGGAGCCGCGGAGAUAACGGGUCCAAACGCUGGCGGCGGCGGCGGCUUUCUCUGCACGGGCGGAGGCGGCAGCAGGAGCGGCGAGUAUGGCCCGCGCGGCGCUCGGCGCUGACUGAGAGUCAUGCUGCGGCAGCCUGGCGCCUGACGAGUGAGGGGAACCUGCCAGGGGAUUACUGCUAGCUCAGGGCAGGACAGAGGCCUCAGGGGAGCGGAGAUGGGCAGAGCAGCCUCCAAGACUGGGCCAGCAGCACCAAGACGGAGGCCUGGGCCCUGGCCUGGAGCUCGGCUCACACUCGCUGGGCUCACACUCGCUGGGCUGACCCCGGUGGCAUUCGAAGCAACACCCUGCUGAGAAGCGGCUGUUCCCAGGCCCCAGAGGACCUCAGAGCAGGAGCCGGAGUCUGACCACCCCUACACAACGGCAGUUGGGGCUGCGACUGUCGGGGGAAGGGGCUGCCGCCUCAGAUGGGAAGUAGAAGGGCAGAGCCUAACGCCAGGAGUAUCUUGGGCUCUGAAGAGUUUUCUGGAACCCACGGAGCUUCCUGGGUUUCUUCUCUCUGGAUUGGGGCUUGGUUCCCUUUCCUCCCCUGGCAGAGGGGUUGGGCCCUGCGGGCCAACUGAGAGAGGGAAGACUCUUACAUGAAAUUCAGGCUGCUUGAAGCCCACGUGCUCUCUGCUGUGGUUGGGGUUCAAGGGCUUCCCUGCUGCAGGGGACGAGGGGCUGCCUCGGCAUCUGCUCAUGAGCCACAAGGACCCUGAAUGCUCCAGACUGGAUCGUUUCAAGCCGCCAAAGAGGUGGACCCCCAGAGCUGGCAGCCAGCAACCCCAAGGGACUAGAGGGCUGGGAUGGACUGACCUCCCCCUUGCCAGGGCUCCAGGAGAAGCAGAGCCUCUGUGGCCCAGCUAGUGACGGAGAGACCCAAUGAAGCCAUAAGCAGGGCCAGGCGGCUCAGGGACAGGGGAGCCACUGCUGCUGACGUGCUUUCUCCUACGCUGAAGAGGGCCGUGGCGUGGGACCCCUGCCCCUGAACCCUCCUCGGCACGUGCCCAUAUGCCCUUUGCGCGUGGUGCCAGCACAAGCAGGCUGCGCUGUGGCUGGCCCAUCAGCGGGCUGGGAAAGGAGUGGCCACGGUGACCCCCGCCUGACUGCCGGGCUGAGGCCCCAGCUCCCCGGGGCGCCGAACCAUGAAGUGCUCCUUGCGGGUGUGGUUUCUCUCCGUGGCCUUCCUGCUGGUGUUCAUCAUGUCACUGCUGUUCACCUACUCCCACCACAGCAUGGCCACCCUGCCCUACCUGGAUUCGGGCGCCCUGGACGGGACCCACCGGGUGAAGCUGGUGCCCGGCUACACCGGCCUUCAGCGCCUAAGCAAGGAGGGGCCCGCCGGCAAGAGCUGUGCCUGUCGCCGCUGCAUGGGUGACGCUGGCGCCUCUGAGUGGUUUGAUAGCCACUUCAACAGCAACAUUUCCCCGGUCUGGACCCGAGAGAACAUGGACCUGCCCCCAGAGGUCCAGAGGUGGUGGAUGAUGUUGCAGCCCCAGUUCAAGUCACACAACACCAACGAGGUGCUGGAGAAGCUGUUCCAGAUAGUACCGGGCGAGAACCCCUACCGUUUCCGGGACCCCCGCCAGUGCCGGCGCUGUGCUGUGGUGGGGAACUCGGGCAACCUGCGGGGCUCUGGCUACGGGCCGGAUGUGGACGGGCACAACUUCAUCAUGAGGAUGAAUCAGGCGCCAACCGUGGGCUUUGAGCAGGAUGUCGGCAGCCGAACCACCCACCAUUUCAUGUACCCCGAGAGUGCCAAGAACCUGCCCGCCAACGUCAGCUUUGUGCUGGUGCCCUUCAAAGCCCUGGACCUACUGUGGAUCGCCAGUGCCCUGUCCACGGGGCAGAUCCGAUUCACCUAUGCCCCAGUGAAGUCGUUCCUUCGAGUGGACAAAGAAAAGGUCCAGAUCUACAACCCAGCCUUCUUCAAGUACAUCCACGACAGGUGGACAGAGCAUCAUGGGCGGUACCCUUCCACUGGGAUGCUGGUACUCUUCUUUGCUCUGCAUGUGUGUGAUGAGGUGAACGUGUACGGGUUCGGGGCCGACAGCCGGGGCAACUGGCACCACUACUGGGAGAAUAACCGGUACGCGGGCGAGUUCCGGAAGACGGGCGUGCAUGACGCCGACUUCGAGGCCCACAUCAUCGACAUGCUGGCCAAGGCCAGCAAGAUCGAGGUCUACCGAGGGAACUGAGCCCAACCCAGCCGUGACUCUUCCGGCGCUACCGCGAGGCGCCGGCAAGCGCUCCAGCCGGGACUCAGGGUCAGCCCGGGGGUGGUGGCCUAAGCGCGGGCGCGGCGCCCGAUUGGGCGUCAGCAGGCAAUCGGGAGCGACGCCGCCGCAGUCUGGACCAAUCAUGCUGCAGUCUAGCGAGCGCCGGCUGUCCUCCGCCAAUCACGAGACUCUGGGAGCUGGCUGGGGCUAGCAUCAAUCAGCGCUGCCGCCUGCCGGAGCCUCUGUUUCUCCCAGCCAAUCAUGCGACUCAAGGAGAACUUCCGGCGCUGGGGCCCGUUUCCUCCAAUCAAUGGCCUUCGGAGGCGGGCCAGCGGCCGAUCAAUUCCCCACUCCCGUAUGCUUUUGGGUAGGAUUUUAUCGAUAUUUCGCGCUUUCAAAGGAGCAGAAGUUUGUUCCGGC